AUGCCUACGCAUGAUAGCCAAGAUCAGAAUGACUUCCGGCUAACAGUCCCUCCAUGUCGCCAAUGUCGGGCGCGCAAGGUGCGUUGUGACCGGCGCCGGCCAGCCUGUGCUAGAUGCGUCAAGCUUGCGCUGUGUUGCUCUUUCAGCCGCGCCGAAGGUCCAAGAAGCUGGUCGCAGGAGCACGCGCUGGAAGGGUCUGGGUCUGCGGAGGGGGAGUUGACCCAGGCUGGCACCAGGCGGAAACGAACGCGAUCCGCUUGCAGGCCAUGCCGCCUGGUCAAGGCCAAGUGCACUGGUGGGAUACCGUGCAAUCGCUGCCAAACUCGGGCCAUGGUCUGCGAAAGAGGGGGCGUCCAGAAUGCAAGCUAUACUGGGCCCUCUGCAGACCGAGCAGGAGCAGGCGGGCACCACGGCAUGCAAGCUAGCAAUCCCGAGCACCACAGUGGUACUGCACUCGGUAGCAGACAGAGGCCUGGCACCUCAUCAAGUGCAGAUAGCCGUGAACAACGAAGUUUCCUUUCUGGUGGUCUUGGAUCGAGGUCGGCGGUCGGCAUGGAGAGGGCCUAUCUCGAGCUGUACUUUGAACGCACGAAUCCAGCAAAGUGUGUCUUUCUUGAUCGAUCACUCGUCAUGACGGACUGGGCCGAUGGUAGAAUUGACAUAGCUCUCCUUAAAGCUCUCUGCGCCUGUGGCUAUCGCCUCAACCCGGGCCCCGAUGACUACCAGGUUUCAACCGGACUCACACCCGGAGACCACCGUGACGACAGCGUGGCCCUUCAGUGGAUUCGCGAGGCACAGGAAUCCGUCCUGCAACGCAUCGGGACGCCGUCGCUACAGAUACUGCAAGCGCUGGUCCUCAUAAUAAGAUUCAACAUCGAUGCGGCCGACUCCAUUGUAGCCUGGAACCUGAUGCCGCUAGCUGCGCGACUCAUGUUUACAAUGCGGCUCAAUUACGAGUCUCCCGAAUCCCAUCCGGUAAUACAGGAGAUACGGAGGCGCCUUGUAUGGGCCAUCUACCUCAUCGACUGCAUUCUCUGUGGUGGCGUUCAGGAUCUUGUUGUAUGCCCGGUCGAGCGUCUUGAAAUUAGACUACCCUGCGAAGACCACACAUUUGAGAAGGGUGCACCGUCUCGAGCUCAAUUCUUAGGCGAGCCACUAUCAGAAAGGGCAGAAGACAUGUCUCCUGCAGCAUACUUGGUCAUGCUUUACAGCGUCCGUGAUCGCAUCUUACGGCUCACGAAGCAAAUCCGGAGGAAUGGCAGCAACCCCAUAGAACACCUCGACGAGAUUGAUGCAUUGCAGCAGGAGCUUGAUCGUCUCCACGGCUCUUUCCCGCCAUAUCUACAGUACCGCCCGGAGACCGUGCGAUGCAAGGCAUUUUCCAAAGAUGCCCCAGAAUGGGUCGUUCUCCAGUCGGUGUGGCUCCAGGGCUAUAUUGAUCUGCAUAAAUUCCUCGUCCCGGGGCUCCAGGAGUCGUUGAGUAUUAAGAUCCUACAGAACGUACCGCCUGACCAUGUGAAACGGGCCCACCAGAUUUGUCUAGAAAGGGCGUCGCAGCUAUGCGGCAUAUGGUCUGAGAUGCAUGUUUCGGUGCCAAAUCGUGUACUCGACGAACCUAUUGUGAUUAUCAGCAUCUUCCAGGUCACCCGCAUUUCGCGGCAACUGCUCUAUCAACUGCCGCGCGAGGGCCCGGACGGAGUUCAUUCUAUGCAAUGUAAGCUGCGAAAGGCAGUGGCCAUGGUUUCUGCCCGCCAACCGUGGAGGACGCUUCAACCUCGCCUCGUUCUGUGCUUAUCUGAAGCGCGAAAUAUAGUGGAAAGCUUGACCGUUGAGCAGUAUGACUUGCAGCUCGCCUCACCGUCAACAAUCGAUACUGAACAUGCCAACUCAACGGAAUGGGAAGCCCAGGAGCAGCAGCCCAGCAACCCGCAUCUCCCUUCCAAGGCGACAUUCAUACCCGACUUUCCAUCUAACAUCCCAGUAAACGGUCGAGGUUCUGGUCUGUCCAGCGAAUCGUCACCCAUCGCCGGGCUGGACCGACCUAACGGGAAUGUAGCCGCCAACGCAAAUACUGCUCGGUUGUCGCCUAUCCAGGAGAUUCCAAUGGCCGUUGAUCACAAUGACCCGACAGCAGCUUGGCAGCUCUCAAACUCCGAUGACAGCGCAUUUUGGUCCAGGCAACUCGUCUUCUCCAAUACAGAGUCGGCCGAGUGGCUUCUCCACGACCGUUCACCAUCCGGGGCCGGACUUGCGCAAGAGUGGCAACAACUAGACUGCUAUGAUGAACUGACCGGGCUGCAACGGGACCUGGGUCUUGACUCUAUAUGAACGAACGAAGAAAGGCGGGGUAACGGAAAUGCACUGCGCU